AGUGGGAAGAAUGUUCCUUACAUUGUUGGUCAGUGGGAAGAAUAUCCCUUACAUUGUUGGUCAGUGGGAAGAAUGUCCCUUACAUUGUUGGUCAACGGGAAGAAUGUUCCUUACAUUGGGGGUCAGUGGGAAGAAUAUCCCUUACAUUGUUGGUCAACGGGAAGAAUAUCCCUUACAUUGGGGGUCAGUGGGAAGAAUGUCCCUUACAUUGGGGGUCAGUGGGAAGAAUGUCCCUUACAUUGUUGGUCAGUGGGAAGAAUGUUCCUUACAUUGGGAGUCAGUGGGAAGAAUUUCCCUUACAUUGUUGGUCAGUGGGAAGAAUGUUCCUUACAUUGGGGGUCAGUGGGAAGAAUGUCCCUUACAUUGGUGGUCAGAGGGAAGAAUGCUCCUCACAUUGGUGGUCAGUUGGAAGAAUGCUCCUUACAUUGGC